GCGCGUGUCAGGCGAGACCGACCUCCCUGGGAUUGCCGGCCCGAGUGCCGGCAAGCCCCUGCCGUUGGCCCGGGUCGCCGCCGCCGCCGCCACCGAAGCCCCAGGCACCCCGAGUCGGUCCGGAUCGCCCCGGCCCACGCACGCCCCGCCUCCUCCCCCCGCCGGUGCGGCUACCCCCUCCCGUGCAGCGGCUGCGGCCCCGGCCUCGACUUUGGCCCCGGCCCCGGCCACCCCUCGGGCGACGGAGCUCCUUGCGCGACCGGUCCCGGCCCCGGAUGCCCCGAGCUUCUCCCUGAAGUCGGCCCUGACGGCGCCCUCCGACAGCAAGAACCCCUUCAUGUUUGCCUCCUUCUCGGAUACAGCCGCCCGGGCAGCGGCCUCGGUGGUCUUCACGCCGGAGCCUGCGACCUCGGGAUCCGCCUUUUCCGCUGCCUUUGCCGGGUUUUCUUCCUCCUCCUCCUCAACAGGCUCUGGUGGAUUCUCCCUCCCUCCGGCCCCGAGCACCUUCGGGGGGGCAGCGUCGGCCCCGGUGAAGCCCUUUCAGCUCCGGAUGCCCGACGCCCCGGCCACGGGGGUCACUACCCCCUCAUCCUCGGCCGGGCCCGCCGCCGGGGCCGGAGUCGCUCCCCUGGCCAUGCACCUGCCCUUCUUCACCCAGGCCCUCAGCUCUUUCUCCCAUUCAGCAGCCACCUCGGCACCCGACGCCACGCCAGCCCCGGCGGCCACCGGCGACACGGACAUGGCCUCCCCGGCGUCGGCCUGCAAACUGGCCACCGGCGUCGGCGCCUCGCCCGACAGCGCCAUGGUCAUCAGCCCGGCUGGCAAGCGCCCGGCCGAUGAGCAGCUCAUGAGCCCGUCGAAGGUUCGCCGGCCGGUGGCCGGCAGCGGCCCGGAGACCCCGGCCCGCGCGGCCCCCCUGCAUCCUGGCGACAUGGCCCUGGCUAGCACCCCUGCCAGUGCUCCGAUGCUCACGUCCCCGGCCGGGGGAGAUGCGUCGGCCCCUGUCGCGCAUGCCGAAGAGGUCGCCUACACGUCGCUCAGCAGUUUGGACCUGUCCACGGCCACGGCAGCGGCCCUCACUUGCCUCUACCAGGUCAUCAACUACUCACUGCAGAUGGAGGCCGGGUCUGACGGCCUGGCCAGUGGCGAGGCAAAUGCCGCCACCGGCUCUGGCGGUGUGCUUGGGUCUUCGGCUCCGCCUGCCGCCGCCCCGGCCGCUCCUGUCGCUGCCGCUGCCACUGCCACGCCUAGUUCCGGCAGCAGCUGGCAGCGGCGUUUCCGGUCCUUCUUCAGUAGCUCUUCCUCUUCCUCUUCCUCCUCCUCCGCUGGCUCUUCCAACACCAGUGCCAGCCUCCUGGCCGGAGCGCAGCAGGCCGGCGUGCACCUCCCGCCACCGAUCAAGCUGCGCUCGGCCCCUCCCUGCCCGGGGGGCCGCGCCAUCUUCGGCGUCCCCCUGAGCGAGCUGGAGACGGUGACCAUUCCCUCUGGCGGGCCAGAUGACUUGACCCUGCCACGCGCGGCACAUGCCCUGAUGGUGGAAAUCCGCCAGCGCGGCCUCAACUCGCAGGGGCUUUUCCGCGUGGCCGGCAGCAAGAAGCGGACCAAGCUCGUGCGCGAGUGUCUCGAGCUGAGCAAGUCCUUUGCCGAGUAUGAGGAGCUGAAUAUCUUCGAUUUGGCCGAUGUUUUCAAGGAGUUCCUGCGUGAGUUGCCGGAUCGCCUGAUCUCCAAGGCCUUCACCGGCAUCUACUAUGGCCUGGCCAAGGCCCACAUGCACUCGUUACUUGAAGAGCAGACACUCGUCGUCCUUCAGCUGUAUCACCUCAUUCUUCCGGCGCCACACCGGCAGCUCCUCCAGGCUUUGGUGGGGUUCCUGCACGAGGUGCAGCUGUGUGCGGCCGGCAACCAAAUGGAGGUGGACAACCUGGCGCGCGUGUUUGUGCCGAACCUCUUCUACACGGACGACAUCGAUCCCCUGGCCGUGAUCGACUAUCAGAAUGUCAUCCUACGGCUGUUCUCCCUGUCAGUACUGCACCCGACCGAGGCCUUCCGCGUGCCGAGCGCCCUUCUCGGACGAGGGACCUUCCGCUUGGCUCUGGCCAACGGCGUCACUGUGGUUUCUGGCGGGGUGCAAGACGCCGAGGCCGCGGCGGCCAGCACCAGCGCCAGCACCAGCGCCAGCACCAGCCAGGAGAGCAUUGCUGUCACGCCGGCUGCCCCUCCAUCCAGCGGCAUGCGUCGGUCCUCCUCGGCCAUGAUGCUGUCGAUGCUGUUGCCGGGCGGAAAGUCCGGCCCUUCCUCGGCUGCAUCCACCCCCUGAGAGCGGGAGGGGCCCGAGCAAAAGGAAAGGGCGCACACAGGCCGAGGGAGGGGGCGACAGGAGCGGGGAGGAGGGCGGGGGCAUUCCCGGGUGUUGGCUUUGCCGCCUCUUCGUCCUGCCCUUUGGUGGGACUUCUUUCUCUUUCCCGUCCACACACACUCCCCCUUUUUCUCUCUCUCUCUCCAUCCCUCAUGUCCUCUCUCCCUGGUCCCCACUCGCCUUUCGCUAUCUCCCCUUCACCACACCCGACCACACUUAAUAUACAGCUUAAACAUGUACAGA